AUGCUUUAUGAUGAAGAUGAUGAGGAUGAAGGUGUUUCAAAUGAUAACCAAGAUUUUACAAAAAAUAAAAGAAAUUUUAGAUUAUCAAUUCAACGUUUUUUAAAACUAAAUGAAAUUUUUAACAUUUCAAGUGCGGCGGAAGAUACUGAAAAAUUGCAAUUAUAUGAUGAAAUAAAAGAUGAAGGAGAAAAUAUUAUUGCUUAUAUAAAAUUGUUAAUGAAGAUCGGUGAAAAAAAUCUUUGUGUAAAUUCGAAAAAAUUAAACAAAGAUGAUAGAAAUAAUUGUAAUGAAGAAGAUAGUGAUAGUACAGACAAUGAAUCACCAAGUGCCGGUAGCUAUGAAAAUUUCAAUACUAGUAAUGAUGAGAUUCUUAGAAUUAUUGAUGAUAAAGGAUUAGACUAUUCUAGUGACGAUGAAAUAGAUGCAGUUGUUCAUUUGCCUUCUGCCAGCGAGGAUUAUAUUGUAAAUGGUGAUGAUAUUAUUCAAUGUACGGGUGAUGGUGAUCCUGAUUUUUCAGCUCCAAUUAAGAAAUUUAAUAAAAAAAGAAGACGAUUAUCAAGUAGUUCUUCAAUAGAAGAGAGAAAUCCUCCAAGAAAAAAUUACAAACUUUGUGAUAUUGAUGAUGAAGAGUUGAAUAAUUAUUCUAAAGAAAUCAUUGAUGUGAGUAGCGAUAGUAGUAGAUCAGAAGUAGAAAUAGAAAAAGUUUACAAUAGCUCUGAAAGUAUAGAAACAAUAUAUCUAUCAGGUGAUGACGAACCUGAAAAUGAUUCUAAUUUACUCAAAAAAAAGCAUCAAAGGAAAAUUUUAACGAAUAAUCAGUUAGCACAAUCAACUAGGGAAGCAAAAAAAUUGAAUGAAAUUUAUCGUAAAGAAUAUUCUCAACGACGUGAGAGUAAAAAGAUUAUUUUUUAUUCUACUGAAAAUGAUGGAAUACCAUAUUAUGAUAGGCGAGUAGAAGCUAUUGUUUUAUAUGAUGAUGGUAAACAUAAAGUUUGUGUUGAUAAAGCAUUUGUCAAAGUUCUAAAGCCACAUCAAGCAGAAGGAAUAGAUUUCUUAUUUUUUACAACCAUAAGAUCAUUAAAAUACAUAGAUGAUCCAGGAAACGGGGGAAUAUUAGCUCAUUGUAUGGGUUUAGGAAAAUCACUUCAAGUUAUUGCAUAUUUACAGACAAUUUUUUUUGAUCCCAUAAUAUCUAAGAGAAUUUCAAAAGGAUUAUUACUUGUUCCUACCAAUGUGAUUAAUAAUUGGGAAAGAGAAUGUACAGAAAAAUCUUCCGGUGAUAUACAUGAUAAUUAUUUAUCAGCAAUUGAGGGAUGGAUAAAUUCCUCUCGACCUAGUAUUAUAAUUGUUGGAUAUGAAAUGUUUAGAAAUUUGAUAAAUUUUGGUGAUGGUAAACGAAAUAAAAUGAAUUCAAAAAAGCAGCAAUCGAUGGCUAAUAAAUAUUGUGAAUAUUUACAAAAAUGUCCUCAUAUAGUUAUUUGUGACGAAGCUCAUAGACUUAAAAAUAUUAGUUCAAAAAUUGCUUCUGCUGUUAAUGAAAUUUCAACAAGACGGCGUAUUUGUUUAACAGGAACACCAAUACAAAACAAUUUAAGAGAAUACUAUACUAUGAUUAAUUUUGUAAGACCAAGUCUUCUUGGAACAUAUAAAGAAUUCAGUAAUCAAUUUGUUAAUCCAAUUGAAAAAGGAAUCAAAAUAGGUGCAGCUCCUCAUGAUGUAAGAUUAAUGAAAAGACGAUAUGUUGUACUUUGGAAAUUACUUGAACAUGUAGUAAAUCGAAAGGAUGCUUCAUUUUUAUAUUCUACAUUACCCCCAAAAGAGGAAUACUUAAUUUAUUGUUCUGCUUCAGCUACUCAAGUUAAAUUGUUAAAUGGAUUAGUUGAAAUAUUUCCAUUUAAUAAUAGUUGUAUACGAAUGAAACCCGUCAUGUCUUACAUAUGUACUCAUCCUUACAUUUUAAAAAAAGUCUAUGUUGAUAAUGUGAGUGCAAGAAUUUAUGAUGAUCAAGACAAUAGUGACUUAGAGAAUAUCGAUGACAAAGUAAAAAUUUCAGAAUGGUUAAGAGACAAAUGUGAUUCUUUAAAAGAUAUUGCUUUAAAUAAUUUUGAAUUAUCCUCAAAAAUACUCAUUCUUUUUGAUAUUCUUCGAUAUGCUGAACGAGUGGGUGAUAAAGUCCUUGUAUUUGUUCAAUAUCGAGAAACCAUUAGUUAUAUUGAAGAAUCACUCAAAUAUUUUGCUAAAAACGAUUUGUGGUAUGAUGAAUGUCCUACUUUAAAUACAAGAGAACUAAAAAAAAAUGAAUUUCGUAAAAGAACGUGGGAAUUGUAUAAAGAUUAUUUUAUUAUAACGGGUGAAACUUCUCUUCAGGAGAGAUCAUUUAUUGAAAGUCGAAUAAAUAUGCGUCGAACAAAAUCAACCAGACCAAGACUUGUUCUGAUGACAACAAAGGCUUCAUCUGUAGGAACCAAUUUUAUUGGCGCUAAUAGGGUUGUUCUUUUUGAAUCAGGAUUCAAUCCAUCAGAUAAUCUUCAAGCUCUUCAUCGUGUUUAUCGUAUAGGACAGAAUAAACGUACAUUUGUUUAUCGGCUUAUUACUCAAGGUACUAUUGAUCAAAGAGUUCAAGAAAAACAUAUUUUAAAAGAGGGUAUUAGUAAAUGUUCCAUAGACAAACAUAAUAUUCGUGAUCUUUAUAAUGAUGAAGAUACACGAUGGAAUAAAAUAGAUUGUAUUGACGUUAUGAGUCCAACAUUUUCUCGUGGAACACUUUCGAAACCAAAUGACGAUUUAUUAAGCUACUUAAUAUUUGAAGAAGGAUUAACAGAUGAAGAAAAAGAAAAAGAGUGGAAUGAUUAUAUUGAAGAACAAAGACGUUUUGAGGGAACCGAGUUUGUAAGUACAUUUACAAAUUUUCCACUAAAUAAUGAACCCGAAGAUGUUAGUUUACCUUUUUUGAGGCAAUUACUUCAGACAUCGUUAAGUUAA